AAUCUCCCGGCUGCCCCUCCCAAAAAAACCGUAAUGCUUUCCGCACCUCAAAACGAAACUUCGCCAUCUCUCAUCGUUGUUACUGGGGGAAGUUUUCUAUUAUGUCUUUUGAUCCUUCUCACGAUUUUUGGCGCUUUCUUUGUGUAUUCUGCGUUUCUUUUAAACAAAAAUUUGCGUACAAGGACGAACUUGUUUUUCUUAAGUCUUGUAACCGCGGAUGUCUUGUUCGCUGUAUUCGCCAUGCCCUCAGAAAUUGUGCAUUUCUCGUGUUAUCCAUACUGGCCUCUUGGAGAAAUCGGCUGCAACGUUUGGAGUUCAUUAUAUGUGGCUUUUGGUAGCGCGUCUGCCUGUCACCUGUGCGCCAUUGGCAUAGAUCGCUUGUUGGCCGUUUCACGUCCUUUCCAAUACUACAGCGACGUUUCGUUUAGUGUAGUUGUUUCGUUGACCCUCCUAUGGAUCUUUGCUUUUUUUAGCGGAAUUGCAAGUUAUCACAUCUGGACGCAACCAUACCAAAAUUUCUGCUAUGCGUUCAACGCUCCGGUAGAGAGCUCUAUUUUGUUUAUGGUCUUUGACCUUUUGGUACCUUUCGCUAUCUGUGCCUUAACGUAUGCGAAGAUAUUUCAAAUAUCUCAACAGCAAGUAAGAAGAAUAAUCAGAACCCAAGGAUGGGUCAACCGUGAGACUAGUGCUUUACGAGUGUCUAGAAAAUCAGCCAAAACCGUGGGCCUGCUGGUUGGUUUCUUCGCCUUGGCCUUUCUGCCGUUUCUAAUUUUCCAUGCCUUGGACGGGUUCAUGGUAUUGCCCAAUCGUUUUUACUUCGAUUGCUUUGUGAAGUGGCUGACUUUUGUCAACUCUUCCAUGAACUGGUUGCUUUAUGGAUAUUUAAACCAAGAGUACAGACAAGCAUUAAAAAAGCUUUUAACGGAUUUUGGUUGUUUCAGAUGUCGCUCUUGUCGCAGAGAGGCCAGGCAAGUGGACGUCAUCUAA